AUGGAAGAAUAUUUGCAGGCAGAACGUGGCGAGCAGAGUGAGGCAGACACAUCGAUCCUUCAAGAGGUUAGCGACAAUUUGGUACCUCCGUCUGUUGAGACUCCAGAUCGCAAACUUGCUCCGAGCAAGCUAGAAUCGAAGGAAAUGAUGAAGAUGAUCGAAGCUGCUCACAGGAAGAAGUUUCUCCCGACGAUACAGAGCAUCCCUCUCUACGACAAGUAUCAAGCGUACUGCCGAUCUACCAUCGCGUUCGCCAUGUUCUUUUUCUUCAUCCUGUUCCUGUGCAUCGGUGCCCGAGAGCUCUCCUCCAGGGCUGUCGUCUCCUUGGAGGACGGGGUGAAGAAGAUCAGCAUCCACAUCGAGAAGCUGGAGACUUUGAACUUCGCGCCAUGGCCGAUCGAUACCGACACUUGUACCAUCCGUAUCAUGAACACAUGCAACAAUCGACAGGAAUGUGGGUACCCCCGCAUUCUCGGCUACGGCAUCAACCAUGGUGCCUUCGGUCUGUCAGAUACCCGGGCCAAGGUCGUCAACGGCGACACGCUAGAGGUGACGCUCUUGCCGCUGAUCUUCUGGCCUUCGCUGCCAGAGACAUGGUGGAACAGGGUCAUGUGCGACGUUCAGAUUAUUGCGAGCAAGGACAUGGAGGUCGAGGUGUUCUCGGAGAAAGUAGCUGUGGUGGCAGAGAACGUGGAGCUGAAGAGGCUGGACCUGAAGGGGCUGGACAGGUCGGGGAGUGCCAUCUGGUUCCAGGGGAAGAAUGUAAGAGUCACAGGAUCCAUGACGUUGAAGGGAUCCCAGAGCAAUGUGUUUUUGGACGGGAUCACGAUGCCGACAUCAGCGAGUGCCACCUUGGAGAUCCUUGGAGGAAGCAUCGACCUUGUGACAAGCUCCCACCCGAAGAUGAGGAUCUCCUCGGUGAACGAGGCUGUCUGCCUCGUGGGGAAGUUUGAUACAACCCCAGUCGUGAACGCAACCAUGGCAGACAAUGUCACGGUAACUUCCUACAGGGCUGCAAUGAAGUGCGACCUUGCAAGCUGCGAGAUGCCAUCAUGGAGCGUGAACGUCUCCGGUGCUUACGGAUCAGUAGGAGUGCACGCGGUUCAGUACCAGGAGCAGGAUACGGCUGUCUUCCAAGGUAGAGCCUUCUCGGAAGGGACCUACGUCGGAGUUGACCACUCUCCCAUUGUCAACGACGUGUACAACUAUGCCAUCAUCAGCUUCCAAGGGCUCGGGAUCAUGCAAGGAGGGCUCGAGGUCGUCUGGUCGCUGCAGAGGAUCUGGUGGUUCAUCGAAGGACAGAUCUGGCCCUUUGGCCCCUUCUCCGCCUUUACCGUCAUACCCCAGCUCACCAAGUACCCUGCCACUGUCUCCUUCUGCCCAGCGCAUGGCUCCCGUGCGAACCUUGACCUGACCCCGCCGUUGAGGAAGAUGAUGUCAACAGCGGUCAAGGACGGAGCUCCUGGUCAGUGGACCCUGCGCAACCUGGGGAGCUACAGGGAGAGGAUGCAGCCACUGGACGUCGUGGCAGGCAAGAACGUCUUCUAUGCUCCAAAGGACUCGCUAGUGCCUGACUGCGACUACUGUGCCGACGUGUUCUUCUGGAAGUCCUCCGCCUACGUCGGCUCCUUCUCCCGUACGCCUGCGUCCAACGGCAACUGCCUGGGCUUCGGCACCCCCAACGCCUGCCUGACUUUCUCCUGCUACAAGAAAAGCGCCCAUAUCUUCUCCCUGGUAGAGAACGGUCAGGCAACCUGCUACUCCAACGAGGCUGUGGAGGCGCUUCUGAGCAACCCAGUGAAGUUCGCGGAGGGCUCACCCUACUGCUGGGCGUCAGGUGACGUCUCCUGCUAUACUGAGGCCCCCCACACGGGCCCGUCGACGUCGUCGAGGUUCGCCAACGGCAGGGCGAUCACCAUCUUCACGCUCUCUCUCAUCAUCGGAGCGAUCGCGGGGGUGUACGUGGUGCUGGUCGUGUACUUCCUCUUCAUCCGCAGCAGCAGGAUCAGAGUCAUCACGGGCUACCUGAUGCGCAACAAGAAAACCUUUGACAUGAUCACAAGGGUAAUCAAGAUGUCUCAGAACUUCGCCAUCCUCAACAACCCGAAGCCCUCUGGGGAUGCAGAACCCCUUCUGGGCCCCGAGGGAGAACCCCUGCUGGCCCCCGAGCUCUCCCUCGACUUCUUCGCCCUGGACAAGAUCAUACGGCUGCCCCCCCUCUGGUACCGGAUCCUCCCGAGGACGUGGAAGGAGAAAGUUGAGAUGAAGUUUGAGCUGACUAACGUCAGAGUCAGCGACUUCGCCAGCCAUCGCUGGAUCGCCAAGUGCUCGGACAUAGCGAGCCUGGCGGUGGACGACAACGGCUCCCCCUCCCUCCAAGGGUUUGACAAGAACCAGGUGUCAAACCUGUGCGACUGCAGGAUCGUGUACCUUGACAGGAGCGACCGGAACGAGUUCUACGAGUGGCACGACGUGCUUCCCAGGAAGGCAGUAGGAGGAGACAGGAAGAGCGCGGGCGAGACAACCACGAGCCAGCAGUUUCUUGCCUUCCAGAGGUCAGUGCGAGAGGUUCAGUUUGUGAUGCAGAGGCUCCAGAUCGAUGUAUGGCUGUGGUUCAUCCUAGAGCGAGUCACUGCGAGGAUGAGGCUUCAUCUCGCUCCUCCCAAGUACCCGGACAAGGCUCCUGCAUACUGGGAGGUAGGAAGGGAGAUCUUCCUUGAGACCAUUCACACGCAGCUCGGAGAGGUUCAGACGGUAGCGGCGCACCUGACCUUUGUGCUAGCUCCCUGCCUUAUCUUCUACUUCUUCCUUGCCAACAUGUUCUACAUGAUCGUCAAGGACAAGGGAACCAGCAUCUUUGGUGUUGACUCCGACGCCGCCAUCACGCAGGACGCCAUUCUCCUCCCCAGCAUCAUCAUCCUCCUCUUCCUCAACCUCGCCUCGAUGGUCAUGUACUACUUCCGCUGGAGGGACUGGGGGAUCCCCCACGAAAGCACGACCAAGGGCGGGAAGCAGCAGGUCUUUCCGGAGGGAGAGAGCGAGCUCGAUAGCGUUGCUGCCUUCGACUGGGACGACUACUACAGGAGGGGCAGCAAGAGCUACAGGAUCCGCAUGUACGAGCAGCAGCUGAUGAAGUUUGUGUGGGCCGUUUCCUACAUGGUUUCUAUCCUGUUUUGCGUGCUCGUCUCAGUCUGGGUGCUCCUGGGCAUGUUCCUCAACCCCAACAGGGUUGCUCCUUACGCCACCGCCAUCGUCGGGCUGUUCGGCCAUGUUCUGUCCAUGUUCAGGAGGAUGAAGAGCUUCUUCGAUUCAGCCAAGGGGAGGCUGGAGCAGUUGAUCGUCGACUUUCACCAUCAGAUGCAAGUCCAGGCCCUUGACCAGAUCAAGAUCCUGGAGGGGGCGAGGAACCUUGGAGUUCAGCUGGACGGGGAUGUCAGAGACCUUGCCAGGAAGGCUCCUGAUGCUAUGGAAGAGCUGGGGGAGCAGGUGGGGGGGAGGUUGAAGGAGGCACAGGACGUCCAGGCACAGUUGGAGGAGCUGUUCAACAAGGCGAGGAGGACGGUUGCGGACGUGAAGGAGCAUGAGAUUCUUGCGCUGCUGUCGAAGCACGGUAUCAGCAUGCAGGACAUCAUCAUCCAUGUCACUAUGUCUUCAGUCCUCCUCUGCCUCAUCUUCCUCUUCCUCUUCCUGGGCAUGUCCGCGUUCAACCAGGGGGUCGCCGACAACUGGCAGACCGUCAUCAACUCCAUCAUGACAGGAGGUGCUGCGAUCAUCUCCAGCUUCGCCUCCAAGACCGACGGGGGGCAGGCACUGGAGAACUUGCUCAUGAGGAUCAUAGAGGAGUACAAGAAGGGGGAGGGAGCUGAUCUCUCCUUCUCGCUCAACGAGGAGCUGAGCUCAGUCCUCGAGCGGGCCGGUCACUACAACCAUGAUGAGGACGAGCUACGAUAG